AUGGUAGUCCAACUCAAGCCCGUCGCCGGCACGGACGACGUCUAUCUCUGGAAAUACCUCCCAUCGAUCCCGGCGGCGGUCAUCUUCGUCAUUUUGUUCUCAGUCGUGAUGGCCGCGCACUUGUGGCGCAUGGUCAGGACGCGGACGUGGUUCUGUAGCGCCUUUGCAGUUGGUGGGAUUUUCCAAGUCAUCGGCUACCUCGUCCGGGUAUAUUCGUACUAUCACACCGACGAUAUUGCUCCAUACACGAUCCAGAUCUGUUUGAUCCUCCUCGCGCCCGUCUUGUAUUCCGCGUCCAUCUACAUGGUGUUGAGCCGGCUGAUCCGCUGCGUUUCCGGUGGUGAAAGGUUGUCACUCAUCCGCCCGACGUCGCGAUUGACAAAGAUCUUUGUCUGCGGAGACAUAGUCUCGCUGAGCGUCCAGGGCAACGGAGCCGGGUUGACUGUCCAUCAGGACAAGCAGAAGUUGGGACAAGGCAUCGUGGUCGCGGGCCUGUUUCUCCAGUUGCUUCUGUUUGGUGUUUUUGUGGCUGUCGCAUUGCUAUUUCACAUGAGAAUGCGGAGGAGAGUCAAUGAUCAUGAUGGUGAUGGCGAUGACGCCAGCGACGACCGUGACCUCGCGGUGAUCAUGGCAACGAUGACAAGGACAAGAACAAGGACAAAUGGUUCUCCCCCCUGGCGGCAAGGGUUGUUCAUGCUCUACGCCUGCAGCGCGUUGAUCAUGAUCAGAUCAAUCUUCCGUGUCGUCGAGUACCUUUCCGGCGUGGAUGGUUAUCUCUUGUCCCGCGAGUGGCCCAUGUAUGCCUUUGAUGCUGGCCCGAUGUGGGCUGUCCAGGUGAUUUUCCUGGUGUGGUUCCCGCAUAGGUUUCAAUUUGGAGGCAAGCGGGCCACCGAUGACUUGUCGAGUCCUGGUAUGGAGGAUGGGAAUGGGGAUGGGAAUCUGCUCUUGCAGACACGGCGGAAUGGGAUGCAGAAAUGA